AUGAUUAUUUAUUUAGCUUUAUUUCUUGCAGCUCUAAGCCUUGCCGAUCUUUACUUGAACAGCCCAUUUCAAAGCUCACUUACUUCUUUCCCAAAUAAUAAUCAAAAUUUUACAUAUAGUUUGGAUUUAUAAUAAAUUAUCAGUAGUAAAUUUUAUUUAGUGUCAAAAUUUGCUGAGGUUAAAUGCCAAGAUUUUCAUUUUUGACAUAUCCACCAAUAAUAAGCAAAUUUCAAUAAGCAUAAUUUAUGGGAAUUUGUACUAAAACUUUCAUGAAUUAAUUAUUGAGGAAGUUAGAAUAAAAUCAUCAACCCCUGUUUCAAUGCAAAGCAGCACUGAUCAUUUUAUUCUUUCCCAAGAAACUCUUGGCAUCGCAGUAAGAAGGAUAAACACCCAAAUGCAGAUACUCUGGACUUACACCCUUUCAGGGCAAAACAAUUACAAUGCCAUUGACUUAAAAUUAGGCCUAACUACCAUUUAUGUAGUUUUAAAUGUGAAUUAUACAAAUCUUUCGGAAAUUCCUGCACUAACACCUUCAGUGAACCCUAAAAUAUCAACCUAUCAAAGCUUAUUACUAAUUAUUUCAAUGGACUCAGGGACUUUAAAAUCGUCUCAAUGGCUUGGGAAUUGUUUUGACAGCAACAGCUGGGUAUCAGAAAUUGCCUAUGAUGGGCUUGAUAUUUAUGCAGCCGGGACUGAUGACUGCAACGGUGGCAGAACUUGGGUAAUUAAAGUCGGAAAAUGGCAAAAUUUCUAUACUGGAAAAACUUCUAGCGUAAAAUUAAGCUUGACUGGGAAUUAUGUCUACUUAGCUAUGGGAUACAGUUCGGAUUCCAGCACAAAGGUCUGCAAAUUUGAUAAAUAUAUGAAUUGGCAGUGGGAAGUUGUCCUUGGGAAUAAAAUUCCUAAUGAUAUUUUGGCAGUUAAUGUAGGAGGAGCUGAUAAUUCUCUGGUAGUCACACAAAAUCAAAUUGUUUUAUUAAGCCCUGCUUCGGUUACAUUAGGGACCGUAAGUCUUUCUAAUGUAAAUUUUUUAAGCGCUAUUUCAAACUCAGUAAGUGGGUUUAUUGUAUCAGGAACCGCGACUUCAGGAGCUUUCGGUACUAGUAUUCAGGCCCAGCAAGCAGGAAUUCUUAUAUGAUUUAGCUCAUCUUUAUCAGUAUUAAGCUACAGAAUUUACGACUCAGGCACAACUGUUAAGAUUUCACAAUUCACCGAAUUAAGCUACAAAAGUGUCUCAGUGCUCCUUAAAAGCUCUGAAUCUUUCUAUACAAAUUCCUACUCCGGCACAGCCGUCUCCUCUUUACUUUUUUUCGCAUAUGACCCUUUUGCCUAUGCAAGCUGCAAUUCUUUAUGCUCUCAAUGUUUCGGAGAUUCUUCGAGUUCUUGCUAUUCUUGCAAUUUUUAUAAUAUAGACGAUUUUUCAUGUGGAGAAUGCGCUGAAAAUUGUGCAACCUGCACCAGUUCAAGCCAAAAAAAUUGCAUUACCUGUGCAAGUGGCUAUGUAUUUUUAAAUAAUUAUUGUGUCCUUAACUUAAACUGUACAGAUGGGACGUACCCAGAUAAUGAUGCCAAGGGUUGUCUAGCAUGUGAUACUUCUUGUGGAACUUGUUCAGGGCCUUCAUUUGCGAAUUGUACAUCUUGUGCUUAUGGUUUUGUAAAAAAUGAUUUAUUGUGUGUUAAUAAGUGCCCUAGCUAUAGGUUUCCUUAUAAUGGGGUAUGUACAGAUUGUAAUUCUGCAUGUGAGUCUUGUAAUGGACCAUAUAGCUCAAAUUGUACGCUAUGCAAAACAGGGCAAAUCGUAUAUAAAGGAUCAUGUCUAGCUAGCUGUCCUUCAAAUACUUAUAGUACAGGCAUUGAGUGCUUUAACUGUAAUGCUGCAUGCUCAGACUGCACCGAUAAAUAUUCAUAUUCCUGUAAAGCAUGUGCAAAAGGGUAUUUUUUAUUUCAAAAUGUCUGCCUCAAUUCUUGUCCUGCAGGCUACUAUUUUUCUAACUCUACCUGUUAUAGCUGCUCUUCUAAUUGUGCAAGCUGUUCUUCACAAUCUUGCUCAAAAUGCAAUGAAAAUUAUUUUCUCAGCUCAGGAAAAUGUUUGCCAUCCUCAGACUGCCCAAGCUAUACAUAUUUUAAUGGAACAGACUGUGUAUCAUGCCAUGCAAAUUGCUUAACUUGUUAUGGAGAAGAAGCCACAGAGUGCUUUUCCUGCACAUCAGCCUAUUUUUUAAAAAAUAAUUCAUGCACUGAGUCUGUAGCUGUCUGUAACUCUUCUCAGUUUAAAAAUGAUGAAAAUGCCUGUAUUGACUGCCAAGAAGGCUGCACUUAUUGUAAUAAUUCAAAAAGCUGCUUAAAGUGUGAAAGCAAUAAGGUCCUUUAUCAAGGAUAUUGUACUGAAAAGUGUCCAAGUAAAUAUAUGAGUAUUAAUGGAACUUGUGAAAAUUGUCCUGAUAGGUGUGAUGAGUGUCAAGAUGGGAACUGUGUUAAAUGCUCAAUGAAUUAUCAGAGUCAAGGGUGAUAUUUAUUAAAAAAUGGAGCAUGCGUAAAGAAUCAAACAGUUUGUGCGGAUUCUUAUAGCUAUGAUGAAGAUAAAGGGGUGUGCUUGUAUGAUGAAAAUGAUGAGAUGGAGAAAAAGAAAGAGAUGAUAAAGACAGCAAUUGGUUUGUAUCAAAUUACUUACUUCCCAUUCUUUAAAUUGGAACAAAAAAUCCUUAAAUUUUUCUCUUUAAAAAAUAUAAAUUGAAUGAAAUAUUUUGGAAUUUAAAUUUUAUUUAUGUAGAAUUAAUUAAAAAGUUAAUCGAUUCAGUGUGUGAAAGAUGAUUGCGCUUUUUCCAUUAAACUAGGUCAAAACUGAUUUUAUAUAAUUACGGUAAAUUUUGCUAUUAAAUAAAAAAAUCGUUCCAAUUUGAAAAUUUUUCGGAUAUUUUGUUCAAAUUUAAAGAUAGAGGAUUAG